AUGCGUUGGCACACGAGUGUCGCAGCUCUAUCCUGCGUAUCCGCGGUGUUUGCGAAUAGCGCAAUAGUUCAGCAUGAUAAUAUCUGUACUGUCAAGGCUUUGGGGAAUAAAAGAAACGAUGUCCCGAAUAUCUUAGAGGCAUUUCGUCGUUGCGGAAAUAACGGAAGAAUUGUUUUCCCAGAAGACCAGAAUUAUUGGAUUGCAAGUCGCCUGAAUCCUGUGGUUGAUGAUGUUUUCAUUGAGUGGCGCGGUGUUUGGACGUUUUCAGAUGACCUCGACUACUGGCGCAACAAUUCCUACCCUAUUACGUUCCAGAAUCACCAUGCUGGGUUCAUCAUCUCUGGAAAGAAGAUCACCAUUGAGGGCUACGGGACCGGUCAGAUCUAUGGCAAUGGAAAUGUGUGGUACACUGCCGAGAAAGGAAACACACAGCCUGGAAGACCAAUGCCAUUUGUUUUUUGGAAUGUAUCUGAUGUUUUAGUGGAAGACUUCGCCAUCAAAGACCCUCCUUUAUGGUCUCUCAACAUUAUGAAUGGAACCAAUAUGCGGUUUAACAACAUUGUGGCAAAUGCCACCGCUGUAGAAGCCCCAUACGGAACGAACUGGGUGCAAAAUACUGACGGAUUUGAUACUAUGGAUGCCGACAAUAUUGAGCUGAAUGGUCUGAUCUAUCAAGGCGGAGAUGAUUGUAUUGCCAUCAAACCUCGUUCAUACAACAUUCGCAUAACCAAUGUAACCUGCCAUGGGGGUAACGGAAUUGCCAUUGGCAGUCUCGGCCAGUAUCUCGAGGAUUCGUCUGUCAAGAAUGUAGAAGUAGACGAUGUCAAGAUCAUUCGCUAUAACGAAGACAUGCACAAUUCCGCAUAUAUCAAAACCUGGGUCGGAGUCCAACUCCCACAGAGCUCUUACGAAAGUGCCGGAAAGCCCAAUGGUGGCGGCUGGGGCUCGGUAGAGAAUAUACUCUUCUCGAAUUUCGAUAUUCAAGGCGCCAACGCCGGUCCAUCUAUCACUCAGGACAAUGGUAACAAUGGCUCAUAUUCGGGAACUAGUCUGAUGUCGAUAUCCAACAUUGCAUUCGUCAACUUUACCGGCUAUCUUAAUUCUGAGCCUUCUGGUGAUGUAGUCGCCUCGGUGUCUUGUUCGAAGGCGCAUCCCUGCUAUAACAUUGAUUUUGACAAUGUUAACAUUCAGCCAGCUAAGAAUAUUUCUACUUUCGGUGGAGCUAAAUGCAAGUAUACGGCAUCAGCUGGUGUCCACGGUCUAUCAGGGUGCUGA